AUGGCCGAAUACUGGAAAUCCACGCCCAAGUACUGGUGCAAAUUCUGCAAAACCUACAUCCGCGACACCAAGUUCGAGCGCCAACAGCACGACGCGACGCCCAAGCACCAGAACAACAUCCAGCGCUCGCUGCGCGACCUACACAAGACGAAAGAGUACGAGGAGCGGGACCGCGAGCGCGCCCGCGCCGAGGUCGCCCGUCUAAACGGCGUCGUGCCUGGCGCCGCUUCGGCUUCCACUACCACGCCCGCGAGUAGCAAGCCUUCCAGCGCCAAACCUCCCGCCCCGGCCCCGCCCCGCCAAGCCACCGCCGAGGACCGCAAGCGCCAGCUCAAGCAGCUCGCCGAAAUGGGCGUCGCCGUGCCCGACGCGUACAGGAGCGAAAUGGCCAUGGCAGGGGACUGGCAGACGGUGGCCGUGAAGCCGAUACGCGGCGGCAUCGGCGACGGCACCGCCGCCAAACCCCUCAACAUUGGCGUGCGCAAGCGCAAAGCAGAGGGCGACGAGGACGAGGAGAACGACGCCGUGGGCGGUCGCGACGUCCCGGCCCGCAAGCGCGGCUGGGGAAACACGUUCAAGUCGUAUCCGGGGAGCAAGGGGGGCGCGGACGCGGACGCAGAUAUCGAGGCUUUGUUGGGUGGUGCGGGCCGGGUCAAGACGGAGGCCGGGGCUGCGGCGUCUGAGACUGUGAAGGCGGACCCGGAUGCGGGUGCGGGUGUGGGUGCGGAUGCGGAGGCGGAGGCACCGCGCAUCAAGAAAGAAGAACCCGACGACGCGGACACGAACGCAAAACUGCACCCGCCUCCUCCUUCCACAGACGCACCCGCAGCCGCAGACACGGCGCCCAAGACCGAAGCAGAGACAAAUACGCCACCA